AUGCACCCUUGCAAAGCCCCCGGGCCUGAUGGUAUGCAUGCUAUCUUUUAUCAGAGAUUCUGGCAUAUAAUUGGUGAUGAGGUGUUUAAUUUUGUAAGCAGCAUUUUACAUAACUAUUCUUGCCCAGGGAAUGUCAAUUGUACUAAUAUUGCUCUUAUUCCCAAAGUUAAAUCCCCUACUGUUGUUUCUGAGUUUAGGCCUAUCAGUUUAUGCAAUGUAUUGUACAAAAUAGCUUCUAAAGCUAUUGUUUUGCGGCUUAAACGAUUCCUUCCCUGUAUUGCAACGGAGAAUCAAAGUGCGUUUGUCCCUGGAAGACUGAUUUCAGAUAAUUCUCUUAUUGCUCUGGAGAUCUUUCAUACUAUGAAGAAGAGGAAUAAUAGCAGGAAAGGAUUGAUGGCGAUGAAACUUGACAUGAGUAAAGCCUAUGACAGAGUGGAGUGGGGUUUUCUUAGGAAGCUACUAUUGACAAUGGGAUUUGAUGGACGAUGGGUAAAUUUGGUUAUGAGUUGUGUUGCUACUGUUUCAUAUUCCUUCAUUAUUAAUGGACGAGUAUGUGGUUCUGUGACUCCCUCCAGAGGAUUACGCCAGGGUGAUCCUUUAUCUCCGUUCCUAUUUAUCUUGGUUGCAGAUGCUUUUUCCCAGAUGGUUAAACAAAAGGUGGUUUCGAAAGAAAUUCAUGGUGCGAAAGCAAGCCGGAAUGGUCCAGAAAUUUCUCACCUUCUUUUUGCAGAUGACAGUCUUCUCUUUACCAGGGCUACCCGACAGGAGUGCUUGACAAUAGUUGAUAUCCUCAACAAAUACGAAGCAGCAUCCGGGCAGAAAAUUAAUUAUGAAAAGUCGGAAGUUUCCUUUAGUAGAGGUGUAAGCUGUGAGAAAAAAGAAGAAUUGAUUACUCUCCUCCAUAUGAGGCAAGUUGAUAGACACCAGAAGUAUCUUGGUAUUCCAGCUCUUUGUGGGAGGUCUAAGAAAGUACUUUUUCGGGAACUCUUAGAUAGAAUGUGGAAGAAGUUAAGGGGGUGGAAAGAAAAGUUAUUGUCGCGUGCUGGGAAAGAGGUUCUUAUCAAGGCUGUUAUCCAAGCCUUGCCUACCUAUCUGAUGGGAGUUUAUAAGCUUCCUGUUGCUGUCAUACAAGAAAUUCACUCUGCUAUGGCUAGAUUUUGGUGGGGAGGGAAGGGGGAUGAACGGAAAAUGCAUUGGCUAAGUUGGGAGAAAAUGUGCAAACCCAAGUGUAUGGGAGGCAUGGGAUUUAAGGAUCUUGCGGUUUUCAAUGAUGCUUUAUUGGGUAAACAAGUUUGGCGAUUGUUACAUAAUAAGGAGUCCCUUUUGAGCAGGGUAAUGAGUGCCAAAUAUUAUCCACAUGGUGAUGUGCGUUACGCACGGCUAGGAUACUCGCAUAGCUACUCGUGGCGAAGUAUUUGGGGCGCGAAGAGUUUGGUUUUGGAGGGGUUGAUUUGGAGGGUUGGAGAUGGUACGAAAAUUGACAUAUGGAGUGCACCAUGGGUAGGGGAUGAAGAAGGUAGAUUCAUCAAGAGUGCUCGAGUGGAAGGACUAGAAGUGGUGGGAGACUUAAUGGAUGUUGAAAGGAAGGAGUGGAAUGUGGAGCUUAUUGAGCGUCAUUUCAAUGAACGAGAUCAACAAUGUAUACUGGCCAUUCCUUUAAGCACUAGAUGUCUACAGGAUGAAUUAACUUGGGCAUAUUCUAAGGACGGCACUUAUUCGGUGAAAACAGCUUAUAUGUUGGGAAAAGGGGGAAACCUGGAUGAUUUUCAUAGAGUGUGGAAUAUUUUAUGGAGUUUAAAUGUGUCACCAAAGGUACGUCAUUUCCUGUGGCGUGCGUGCACAAGUUCGCUCCCAGUAAGGAAAGUGCUUCAGAGACGCCACCUCAUCGACGAAGCAGGGUGCCCAUGUUGUGCUAGAGAGGAUGAAACGCAAUUUCACUUAUUUUACCGAUGCCCGAUGUCGCUCAAGUUGUGGGAAGAGCUGGGUAGUUAUAUAUUAUUGCCAGGGAUUGAAGAUGAAGCUAUGUGUGAUACCCUCGUCAGAUGGAGUCAGAUGGAUGCAAAGGUGGUUCAAAAGGGUUGUUAUAUCCUGUGGAACGUUUGGGUUGAAAGGAACAGGAGAGUCUUUGAGCAUACAAGUCAGCCUGCUACUGUGGUGGGCCAGAGAAUUAUGAGACAAGUUGAAGAUUUUAACAACUAUGCUGUGAAGAUUUAUGGAGGAAUGCGUUCCUCCGCGGCUCUGAGCCCAAGCCGAUGGUAUGCCCCUCCAGUUGGCGCUAUUAAAUUGAACACAGAUGCAAGUUUGGCUGAGGAAGGAUGGGUGGGACUUGGAGUGAUAGCCCGCGACUCGGAAGGUAAGGUGUGCUUCGCUGCAACCAGACGUGUGCGUGCCUACUGGCCUCCCGAGGUAGCUGAAUGCAAGGCCAUUUACAUGGCAACUCGUUUGGCCCAAGCUCAUGGGUAUGGGGAUGUGAUUUUUGAAUCCGACUCUUUGGUAGCAACGAAGAGGUUAACGAAAGCUGCAAUUUUCUUCUCAGAUUUGGAUGCAAUACUUGGGGACAUUCUUUCUAUGUGUAAGCGGAUGAAAUAUUAUUCUGUUCUUGUUUAG